GUAAAUACAAACAAAGUUUGGAGAACUUUGUGGCAGUGGGCAGGAACAGAAGCCUCAAGCGCAGACCUGCACACUGCCUCCAACAAGGGGGGGAUCUAUUACAGUGAAAAAAUUAUUCGACGGCAGCUUCGCUGGAAGCGGCAAGGAUUGCGAGCAGAAACCUCGAAAAUCUCCCAACGCCAAGAUGUUGAAAAAGUCAAAGGUGACAGAUCAAACUGCCGGCGGGCAGAAGGGAAUCAGGAAGUCCAAAGUGCCAGGUGUAAUGAUAACACAGUUUGAGGCGGAACUUCCAGAGGGAAUGACAACCCCGGAUUUUUCCCGCAAGCCCAUCGCGAUCACUAUUCAAGAAGGAAAAAGUACAUUAUUUAAAGCCAUAGUCGUGGGUAAUCCAAAACCCACAGUCACGUGGACUCGGGCAAACAGAGAAAUCGUUUUUCACCCGGACACCUGCCGGCAAAAUUACAGUGAAGCGUCUCGCGAGCAUACUCUGGAGUUUCCCAAGGUGGCCCCAGAGGAUGCAGACACCUACAAGUGUUACGCGACAAAUGAUUAUGGACGAGCCGUUUGCACCGCCGUCCUGAACGUUAUUGAGGUGGGAUUCUCUAAAACCAAGGAACUUCAAAAGACAUAUGGGGACGAUAUACCAGACUUUCUUCGCAAAAAGCUUAAAAAGCGGUCGGUACCUUUGCAAGACGACAAGGCGGCGACGCCAGAGGAGAAGGUCUGGGAAAUCCUCAUGAGUGCAGAUAAGAAAGACUACGAGCGCAUCUGCGUGGAAUACGGCAUCACCAACUUCCGUGGGAUGUUGAAGAAACUGAAGAUGAUGAAGCAAGAGCAAGGUGACGACAUCACAGAGGACGGCGAAAUGGUCACCUACUCAAAAGAAGAAUGCGACGAAAUACAACACUCUCUGAAGCAAGUUGGCAAAAAACCUGACGCAGAGCUCUUCUCCAUGGAUGUGGAUGGUGCCACUGUAGACUUUAAAGCACCUGAUGUCGACUUUGCUAUUAAAAUCCAAGCGGUCACGGCGGAGGAAAGACAGGAUGCAGUGUUUCCAUGCGUCCUGACGGGGCCUCUGGACGAGAUCAAGUGGUUUGGCAAGAACGUGCAGCUGUCAAACGGAGAAAAGUUCGAAAUCACCGUCUCGGAAGAUAAGCUCAUCCACAAGCUGACGGUGCGUGACUGCCUGCCAUUGGAUGCUGGCAUCUACGCUGCUGUGGCAGGCAUCAGAUCGUGCAACGCCUGGCUUGUGGUUGAAGCGGAUAAAGAGGGUAGCGGCAAAGGAAAUAAAGCCGCUCGGAAAAACACCACGGCCGGGGGUGGUGAUGACGAAGACUUGCUGAGGAUCGCCAAGGAGCAGCAGGAAAGCUGCCAGAAAGAAAUGGAGGAGAAGCCGGCUCAAUCGGAGCGGGAUGCCGCCGAGGAAGCCGCUCGGCCGGAGGCGCGAGCGGCUAAAAAGCGGUCCGACGGAGCCGAGGCUGCCUCGAAAGCCGCUGCCGGGGCAAAAAAGGCGGAAGCUGGCGUGGAAGAGCCUUCCAUCGAAGCAGCAGGAAGCGGUUCUGAUGUGACUGUCGAACCGCACCUUGUAGAGCAGAGCGAAGACAAUGAAGUUGGGGAAAAUGCCUUAUUCAUGGAAUCAGUUGAGGUCGAUGAAGUCACAGGUGGAGACGCUGCCCCUGUCCAAGAUAGGGUUCAAGGAAAUGAUCAUGGCGAGGGAACCGCAAAGCCCAAAAGUGAAAAGUCUGGAAAAAAAGAAAAACUUCCCAAAGUGAUUGUGAGCCAAAUUACGGACGGUGAAGACGCUGCUGUCGGAAAUGAUCAUGGUGAGGAAACUGCAGAGCAAAACAGUGAAAAGUCUGGGACUAACUGUCCCAAAGAGAAAAUUGUGGACAGUAAAGACGCUGUUGUUGGAAGUGAUCAAUUUGGCGAGAGUGAGGAAGAGGAGGACGAACAGCAAGCAGCUGGCAAGCGCAUCAGAGUAAGGCAAGGCCCGCUGAUCGAGGAGACAAUCAUUGACCCAGGUGUUCACUUCCACAUCGGACUCUCCGACUGCAAAGCCAUCAUUGGGGAAGACGCGGAGCUUGUGUGUAAACUCAGCAGCGAGGACUGUGAGGGUAUCUGGUACAAAGAUGGAGAAGAAAUAAAGUCGACGGAGGCUAUGACCAUUGUAAAAGAAGGAAGCUACCAUAAGUUGAAACUUCACAAAGUCCCAGAGGAAUUUGCUGGAAAAUAUAAGUUUGAAGCAGAUGGACGGAAAACGGAGGCCUUAGUGGUUGUUGAAGAUCCCCCAAGAUUCAACCGAGAGGACCUAAAAACCUUUAUCGAUCCUGUUACGGUGAAAAAGGGGCACAAAGCAACCUUCAGGUUAGCGUACAUGGGACAGGAGCCAAUAAAAGUUCAGUGGUUCCUCGAGGGGGAAGAGCUUUCGGACGAGGCCAAUAUCAAGCUGGAAACCUCGGAUGGCUGUACACGUCUGCUUCUGAUCAAGCUGCAGCGCAAGGACAGCGGUGAAGUCAAGUUGAAGCUAAAAAAUGAAUUUGGCACUGCCGAGGCCUUAACUGAACUGAUUGUAUUAGAUAAACCCACGCCCCCGAUGGGACCUGUGGAGAUUGUCGAAGCUUCCUCUUCUGCAAUUGAGAUAAAGUGGCGACCGCCGAAAGACAGCGGCGGCUGCAACAUAGGCAACUACGUUCUCGAGAGGCAACAGGUGGGCCGCAACACCUGGAAGAAGGUUGGGCCCAUCGGUCCGCUGGCGAAAUACCGGGACCUUGACGUAGACCACGGCCGCAGGUACUGCUACCGCAUCAGGGUGGAGACUGAAAUUGGCACUAGUGAGCUGAUGGAAACGGAGGACAUUCAAGCUGGGACAAAAGCAUACCCUGGACCUCCAUCAACACCAAAGGUUGUCAGUGCCUUCAAGGACUGCAUCAACCUUUCGUGGACUCCUGGCAACUCGGGAGGCACCAAAAUUCUCGGAUACAACCUUGAAAAACGCAAAAAGGGGAGCAAUCUGUGGGGUCAAGUCAACCCGCCGGACGAGAUGAUCAGAGCUAAAGGGUUUGCUGUUAAAGAUGUGGUAGAGGGAAUGCAAUAUGAAUUUCGUGUGUCGGCUAUCAAUAACUCUGGAGCGGGUGAAUUCAGCACACCUUCAGAGUUUGUCUUUGCCAGAGAUCCCAAAAAGCCUCCUGGAAAAGUCAUUGAUUUGAAGGUGACCGACUCCAGCUACACAACUCUAUGCCUGUCUUGGACCAAACCCAAGGACAUUGAGAAGGUCCAGGACGAAGCCAAGGGUUACUUUGUGGAGAUCCGGCCCGCAGAGAACACAGAAUGGAAUCGUUGCAAUUCCAACUUAGUAACCACAAAUUUCUACACGGUGAAAAACAUGAAGUCGCUGGGCAUGUACUGGGUGAGAGUGAUCGCUAGCAACGAUGGCGGCGAGGGAGAACCACAGGAACUGGAUAACUACGUCCUUGCUAUGCCGCCUCCCGUGAGACCACGCUUCACCGACACCAAAAUCAAGAGCUUCAUGGUCGUGCGAGCCGGAAAUUCAGCACGGCUUACGAUGAACUUUGAGGCAUCGCCGUGGCCCGAGGUCACGUGGCUGAAAGACGACGUGCCGGUCACUAAAAAAGUGACGAUUAGCAAUGCGGAAGGCACUUCGCAGCUCCUAAUUCCUUCCGCUGAGCGCUCAGACUCCGGGGUCUACACCGUUGUUGUGAAGAACAUUGUCGGACAAGAAACAUUCAGUAUUGAAAUAAGAGUCACAGAUGAACCAAAGCCACCAGGUCCAGUUGAAAUUGAAGAAAAUGUGCCAGGCACGGUGACCAUUUCGUGGACGCCUUCUCCAGACGAGAAACGUGACGACAGGUUGCAUUACAUGGUGAUGAAGAGAGACUCCACCAAGGGCACAUGGUUGACCGUGGCAGAUCACAUUUUUAACAAUAAGUUCACAGCCUGCAACAUAAUGCCUGGCUGCGAGUACCAGUUCCGUGUCUAUGCAAAGAAUGACAUGGGAUCCUCCAAACCGUCGGAAUCACCAAAGUGGCUGCUAUCAAACAAGAAAGAGAAGUUCACAGUGAACAUACCGGAAUCCAAGACCUGGGAUCUCCAGUGCCCCCCAAAGUUCCUCGUCCCACUGAAAAUGCACACCGCUCCCCAAGGAUACGAAUGCUACAUGAGCUGCGCUUUAAAGGGGGACCCGACGCCUCACGUCACGUGGCUUCGCAACAACAUUAGCCUGAAUACCAACACCAACUACUACAUCUCCAACACCUGCGGAGUCUGUUCUCUACUCAUAUUGAGGGUUGGACCCAAGGACACCGGAGAGUACAAGGUGGUGGCAGAAAACCCCAGAGGGAGAGCAGAGUGCUCCACCAAGUUGACAGUUAGGGAAUAAAAACUUUUUAAAAACGUGGAGAAGACCAGAAAAAAAGCAAAGCUGUCACUCACAUGAAAUCAUUGCUGCUGAUCUUCAGUGUUGAAACAACCCUCUCUGACACCUUCUUAUGGUCCCCUUAUGAUGUCGAACACUUGUUCAACAAAUGUUGACUUGAUAUUUAUUUAAUUUAAUGCAAAAAUAUAUAUAUAUUUUGAUGGGUCUAGGAAAUAAAUUGCCUUACGAACACAGUCUACUAUUAUUAAAAAGUAACGUUUAAGUUGACACAAUCGUCGUACGCGUGUCUAACAGCAAACAUCACACUGUAGAAAUUAAAUACAUUCAUGUUAAAUGCAUUUUAGUCAAAGCUGACUGUCCACUGCCUGAAUUGGUUAAGUCCCAAGCACUAACUGAGGAGAAUGAAAUUGUUUUUGACUUUAAUGGAAAUAAACUUUUUGACUCAUUAAA